GUCCUAAUAGGAUCCAUUCACAAUGUGAAAAAACGCCCUUAGAGUGGGCAUGAAGGUAUAUGCAAGUCACGGACUUGGUACGUCAACAUGUAUGACCUUGAAGCUACGCGUAGAGCUUAUCUUGACGCUCGCCAGCGAUACUGUUCAUUCGAUUACUGACCGUCACCGCCGCUAGCGCCGUUCGCCACCACAUGAACUCAGUCGGGCACGCGUGCUGCUUUGUUUACCAUAAAAAACGCCGCGAAUAAUCAACAACAUUUCAGCGUAUAAACGUGGUUAAAUUUAUUAUUAGAUGCAGAAGUUUCUGCGACAAUAAGUGAAUAUGUGUGUUACUCUAAUAUUAUUAGUGAGUUUACUUUUGUUAGUGCUUUUACUUACAAUUUUUCACUAUACAACGAAGGGCAGGAGAUACUGGUAUUAUAAAAAGGUGCCAUAUAGAGAGCCAUGCCCCAUAUUCGGCAAUUUCGGCGCUACAUUAACAAUGCGUCAAAGUUAUGCAAAAACGCUUCAGUUUUUUUACGAUAAAUACAGAGACGAAAAAUAUGUAGGCAUUUUUCAAGCGAGACGACCAGCUUUAUUGUUAAUAGAUUUGGAUAUAGUGAAGGCAGUUCUAUCAAAGGAUUUUAACAAUUUUAGCGAUCGGAUAUCCGUUGGAACAGACACACAACGGGAACCACUUCUACGAAACCUGGCUAACAUGAGUGGCUCCGAAUGGCAAGAGAUGCGGCAUAUUGUUACUCCGACAUUUUCUUCGGCUAAGAUGAAAGCUAUGUUUCCUUUAAUCGCUGAUUGUGCAAAAACGUUGAAAGCUGUUCUUAUUCAGGAAUCGGGAGUGGACAUUGAAGUACCAAACUUAAUGUGCCGAUUUACGACUGAUAUCAUAGGCAGCUGUGCAUUUGGAGUUGAUCCAGGGUCUUUAAAGAAUAAACAGUCACCCUUUCUAAUAAUGUCCCAGAAAAUGUUUAAGGCUGAUCGUUCUACAAUAUUAAAGCGUUAUUGUCGCGCAUUCUGUCCACGCCUCUUCAAGUUCCUGAAUCUUAGAACUUACUCAUAUAAUGUUGAAGUUUUUUUUACUGAUAUUAUCAAUCAAGUGCUAACCGAUAGGCGUGCAACUGGUACACAGCGGAGUGAUUUUCUGCAGCUAAUGUUAAAUGUGCAAAAAACUGAAACAGGGUUUCCUAUGACUGAUGAAUUAAUAACGUCUAAUUCCUUUAUUUUUAUGUUGGCCGGGCUAGAAACAUCGGCAACGACAUUAUCGUUUUGUUUAUACGAAUUGGCAAGAAAUGUCGAUCUGCAAAACAGAUUGAGGACUGAAAUAAAGGAAAGUUUGGAACGUUACAAUGGUUUAAACUAUGAAGCAGUAUGCACGAUGCGUUUAGCAGCUCAGACAUAUUUGGAGACUCUAAGACUGCACCCUCCGACGCCUCUAACUUCACGGCUCUGCACAGUACCAUGCGCACUGCCUGGCACGGAUCUAAACAUGAAAGCUCGCGAAGCAGUUAUUAUACCUGUUCACUGCAUUCAGACAGAUUCGAAAUAUUUUCCAAAUCCAAAUAAAUUUGAUCCCGACAGAUUCAGAGAUGAUUUGAAUCCGAAAGGAUUCAUCGCUUUUGGAGAUGGACCAAGAAGUUGCCCAGGGGCCCGAUAUGCUCAACUGAUGGUUGUAGCUGGUCUGGCAACUAUACUUGACAAUUUUUUCGUGGAACCAUGCGCCAGAACCACUCCCACCAUACACUACGAUCCGAGAAGCGUGAUGCUUAAAAACAAAGGAAGCAUUUGGCUUAGAUUUAGGCCUCUAUGAUUAUAUACUUUAAGCAACUCAUCCUAUUGGCGGUCCCAUUGACUGUUGGACACUACUGUGACUAUUUAAACUUAUUAUUUAUA